AUGGAGAACGAGCUGAGACCCAGGCUGUGUUUCCUGACCAAAGGAGAGCGCGGCUAUGGGUUUCACCUGCACGGUGAGCGAAAUAAAGGCGGGCAGUUCAUCCGAAAAGUGGAGCCCGGCUCCUCAGCCGACCUGGCCGGGCUGCGACCCGGUGACCGAGUGGUGGAGGUGAACGGGGAGAAUGUGGAGAACGAUCCGCACCAUCUGGUGGUGAACCGGAUCCGGGAGGUAGACCACCGCACCCGGCUGCUGGUGGUGGACAGAGAGACGGAUGACUACCUCCGCAGCUGUGGCCUGGCCUGCACCGAGGCCCUGGCCAUUGAGAUGGGGACACUCUCCCCGCGCCCAUCACCCAGGGCCACCCCUUCUGCUUCUCCCUUACCCAGAGAGACUUCACCCCUGCCACCCAACCACACACACUCAUGUCACCCUCCUGAUGCAGACUCGAUCACUCACAUGACCACACAGGGCAAGGUCAAUAGAUCCUCAGUGACAUCAAGCACAGCGACAGACUCAGAGAUGGAGUCCUCACCAGAGCCAACAACUGAGCUCCUUCCCCGUCUGUGUCAUCUGGUGAAGAGGGAAGACGGCUACGGCUUCAACCUGCACAGCGAUAAGACAAAGAGAGGACAGUUUAUACGAUCUGUGGACCCUGGAUCAGCUGCUGAGAGCUCAGGCAUCAAGCCUGGAGACAGACUAGUGGAGGUUAACGGUGUGAACAUAGAGGGCCUGAGGCACGCAGAGGUUGUGGCACUCAUCAGGGCAGGAGGGGACGAAGUGCACCUCCUAGUGGUCGACGAGGAGACCGACGAGCUCUUCCAAAGACUUGGGAUCAUACCCACUCCCAGCCAUGUCAAAGAGGUCUAUGUGGACGAAUUAACCACAGAAAGCAGCUCACCCACGCCUUCUCCAACCACUGACCUCCCUGCCACAGAUCCACCUGUCAUAAACGUCACACUGACAGAAUCCCCGAUCACAAAUGCAUCCCCAAAAUCACGGGCCAAAGGAAGCUCAGCAUCCCAGUCCUCAAGAAGUUCCACCACCCAGUCAGAGGUCAGCAGCUCGGACAUGAGCAUCCAGGUCCCUGAUGAGGACGACAGGCGUGUUUCGGACCCAUUCGUGGACGUCGGCCUGCGUCUGAGUCCUACAGCUGCUGAGGCCAAACAAAAGGCCCUCGCCAGCCGCAACAAGAAAAGAGCACCCCCUAUGGACUGGAGCAAGAAACAGGAGAUCUUCAGUAAUUUCUGA